AUGCAGGGUGAGUUCCACGAUCUUAAAGUACUUAUUUUGAAGGAAAAUCCUUAUGCUUUUUACAUUCAUUGUUUUGCACAUCAACUUCAAUUAGCGCUUGUAGCUGUGGCCAGAAGACAUAUUUACUAUUUUUUUUUUACUUCUAGUGUGGUGAAUGUUGUUAGUGGGUCAUCUAAGCAUUGUAAUAUUCUUCAAGAUAAUCAGGCUAAAAUAGUUGCGGAAGCACUUGAAAAUGGUGAGAUUUCAAGGGGACGUGGUUUGAAUCAAAAUACUUCUCUUAAACGCUCUGGAGACACACGUUGGGGUUCACAUUAUGUGAUUGAUAUGCAACUUCUAGAGCUAAAUAAUUGUUUCAAUGAGGUGAAUACUGAAUUGCUUGUAUGCAUGUCAUGUUUGUCUCCUGUUGAUUUAUUCUAUGCUUUUAACAAGGAAAAAUUAAUUCAAUUUGCCGAGUUUUAUCGAGAUGAUUUUUUUGCUUUUGAAAUCUUGGCACUUGAUGAUCAACUUGAGACUUACAUUGUUGAUAUGCGCACAACGUUGGCAUAUCCUGCUGCUAUAGCUACAGUUGAGAGAUCAUUUUCUGCCAUGAACAUUGUGAAGAACAAGUUACGCAACCGAAUGGGAGAUCAAUGGAUGAAUGACAGUUUGGUUGUAUACAUUGAGAAAGAAAUUUGUGAUGCUAUAGAUAAUGAAACUAUUAUGCUACGCUUUCAAAAUAUGAAAACUAGACGAGGAGAAUUGUAA